AUGAAAAAUUAUUCAUCUCAACCAAUGUAAUCUAGUGGAAGAGGAAGCCUAUUAGACAAUCCGUAUUCAAUGGAUUUUAAACCAAAAAAGAAUAAUGCCAAAAUUCUAAAGACUGAGAGCAUAACCACUGUUGCCAAAAAUCCAAAAUAGGACUUAUUAGAGUAUUUUAAAAAAGAGAGAAAUACUAUUACUCAGGUAACCAAUAAUAUCAAAUCAUAAUUGCAACAAAGCAGAAGCAUUGAUAUUUUAAAUAGCCAGAAAAGCGAACGCCAAAAAAUAUCAAAUGUACUCUAUCAUUCGUAAUAUAGCGUGUCGAAACCGAGGAAGGCAAUUCAAAUAAGAAACAGCUUCUAAAAAGUAAGAAUUUUUCACUUGCCACUCUUCAAACAGAAUAAAAACAAUAAAAAAACAUUCUUAAACACAAUUAGAUGAGUUAGAUUCAUUAAAAUUAAAAUAAAAUACUCAAAUCUACUGUAGAUCAAUAUUUUCAUGAUCUCUAAAUAAAGAGUGCCAAGGAAUAAAAAAAUAUUCAGCAAUUUGACAAUUAGCAAUACUUUACAAUGAAACAAAAUAAGUAAUCUUCACAGUAGGAUUCUCAUAUAUUAAAGAGUUCCAUUGAAUAAAUUCUAAGCAAAAAUAAGAUCUAAUUCCAGAAAAAUGCUAAUGAACUUCAAUCAGCAAAUCAAUCACAUCAGUAGAAGAAUUUUUAGGAUGAAUCCAAUCAGUAUGAUUCAUAGAAGCAAUUAAAGAUAAUCUUGGUUUAUAAGGGCUAAAAGUAUUAUUGCAUUUGAUUCUCUAGAUAUCACUAUUAUUAUAAUCACCAAGGUUAGACUACUGAUAACUUAUACAAUUAUUUGAUUCAAUAAAUUGCUUGUAUUGAAAAGUCAUUCAUGAAACAAGGAGGAGGAACAGGAUCAACAGAGGAGGUCCAGAUCUAGGAAGGUUUAAUUUAAAAGUAUUCAUAGAAAUCAAUAAAAUAUGCUAAUUCUACACAACCUAGAAAAUCAUUCCCUAUGAUUAUUAUCUAAGUUUGCCGAAUUUACCUUUGAAUGUUUUCUAAGGAGUAACUCUUCAAUUGCAGCCAUUAAUUACCCAGUCUCUUUAUGGUAAGAAAGUAUCAUUGAGAGAUUUCACAUUGGUGAAGUGCAUAGGAGUUGGAGGAUUUUCGAGAGUUUAUUUAGUAAGAAAAAGAGAUGAUGGUAAGUUUUAUGCCUUGAAGUUAAUCGAUAAGAAUUUCAUAAUGGAAAAUCAAAAAGAGGUGAUAGUCUAAAAUGAAAGAGAUGUUAUGGUGAAUGUGAAUAACGAGUUUAUUACUCCUUUGCAUUUUGCAUUUGAAACUAAAUAUUAUAUAGCAUUUGUUUUGGAUUAUUGCGCAGGAGGUGAACUCUUCUACCAUCUAAGAAAAUUGAAGCGUCUAACUGAAGAAGAUGCAAAAUAUUACUUUGUUGAAAUCUGUAUAGGAAUGGCAUAUCUACAUUCCAAAAAUAUUGUGUACAGAGACAUCAAGCCAGAGAAUAUACUCUUAGAUUUAUAGGGACAUCUGCUGUUAAGUGAUUUUGGAUUAAGCAAACCCAAUAUGACAAACUAAGAUUAUGCUUACUCCUUUUGCGGCUCUCCGGAGUAUAUGGCUCCUGAGAUGCUUUUAAAAAGUGGACAUAACUAUUUGGUUGAUUGUUAUUGCUUAGGUGCACUGCUCUAUGAAUUAGUAACAGGCUUGCCUCCCUUCUAUUCCCACAACACUCAAGAAAUCUACACAUCCAUCUUGUCUGAACAGGUAUAGUUCCCACCAUAUGUUCAAAUUUCGGAUUUAUUAAAGGAUUUGAUUUGUCAGCUGUUGGAAAAGGAUCCAUAAGAAAGAAUGGGAUAAUCCUAGGGUAUAGUGGAGAUCUUGAGUCAUCCCUGGUUCGCUGAUAUCAACAUUGAGGCUAUUAUAAAUAGGGCAAUUUAGCCUCCAUAUAAACCAGAACCUUUAAAAUAUAACUUUGAUGAGGAAGAAUUUAAUAAAGGAGAUACUGAAUUCAGAAAAUAAUAUGCAAUUAACCUAUAAAAAGAAUAUGUGGUAUGCAUGGUUCUCUAUAAAAUUAGAACACUGACAAUAACCCAAAUUUUCUGCUGCGUGAUUUCUACUUCUCCAGAGAAGACUUGCCUCAAACUCUUUAAUGUAAACCAAUUAGGUCUAAUCAUGUCAAUUUAGCCUAAUUAAAUGUAGAAAAUGUUCCCAAUUUCGAAAUUAAUCCAUAAGAUAAAAAUAGGGUAUUAAUAGUCAUAUCUUAGUAAAUAUCUCCAACUGAGAAUAGAAGAAUGCCGAAAUACUCAGGGAAAUCAGAGAUUUCAGACCUCCUAAAAAGGAAUGAGUUAUCUAAUAAAUCUGCUUCAUUAAUUUAGUCAUCCAAAAUUACACAUGCAUACUCUAAGACUUUGUAAUAAUAGAAUUAAAAUGCUGACAUUAAGGUAACUCUAAAAUAUAGUGUAGGCACUCAAACAAAUUCUAGAAUCCACAAAAAGUCAAAUGAUCACUGAAAGAACUGCUACUAUGCCUGAUUAGAAAGUUCAUAAAAAUGAGAACAACAGAAUCAAAACAGAAUAGUUUGCAUAACUGUUGUACCCUAAAACUACAACAAAUCACUAGUUUCAUAAAACUCCUAAUAUCUAGAAAUUAUUUGGGUCUGAAAAAAGAUAAAAAUGA